CAAAAAGACCGGAAUUUAUGUGCGCCAUAUGCUUUGAUUGGCUUGAAUCCAAUCCUGUUAAGUAAAAUGCGGCUCCUGAAUACGCGGACGGAAGAACUACGAGUAUUCAAUCACUCUCGCAUACCAUAUGCUAUCCUAUCCCAUACUUGGGGUCCGGGGGAAAUCACACUCCAGGAUCUACUAGCCGGAAAAGCGCCUAGUCUGAAGGGCUACAAGAAGCUCAUCGGGGCAUGUAAUCAGGCAUUGUCGGAUGGGUUUGAUUACAUAUGGAUCGACACUUCCAUCAACUCUAUGUGGGUCUGGUACCAGAACUCACGUGUCUGUUAUGCGUACCUCGAAGACGUCCCCGAGCAAGAUGUUGACGUUCUUGGUGGCUACUCUAAGACCUUCAUGGACUGUCGGUGGUUUACGCGUGGUUGGACGCUUCAAGAGCUCAUUGCCCCCUCUACAGUCGUAUUCUACUCAGAUGACUGGUACGAAAUUGGUACUCGCGAUCAGAUGCGAGAGCCUCUGGGCAAGAUAACCGGCAUCGACCAUAAGUUCUUCGAGUACGGAAUUUUAGGUCGGUAUAGCAUCGCUCAGAGAAUGUCUUGGGCUGCAAAGAGAAAGACAACCAGAAUCGAAGGCCAGGCCUAUUGUUUGCUUGGACUAUUCGGGGUCAGCAUGCCCCUACUGUACGGCGAGGGUGAAAUGGCGUUCAUUCGACUUCAAGAAGAGAUCAUGAAGCGGACGGAUGACCAGUCAAUAUUUGCCUGCUGAGACCGGCUUCUGUCUAUUCUUCAAAUUCAAAGCUCCAGGUCCACAUAAUGCGUGUCUUCUGAUGGACGUGGCUGCCGGCGAAACUCCGACUAUCCCACAGUCGUCAUCUUUCAUCGUUGCUGGUCUUCCAGCGGAGAGUCGCCUGAAAGGGACAGAGAAAUGGGAGAAG